AUGCGCCGGUCGCUGUCGCUGUCGCCCUUGCUGGUGUUGCCGAGUCUGCUGGGCUUCACUGGCGCCACCAGCCCUACGUUUCCUAACGGCACCGAGAGGGGCGAUAAUGGUACAGACGUCGACGCCGAUGCAGCCAAGAGCAAAUCAUCAGUAUCCCUAGAAAGCUACUGCUCGGCGGAACUAUCAAGUUUCAUUGCGACAUAUCAGAGUACUGAAAUCGCUACCAGCAGGUGGACUUGGUACGAAGGGUUUGGACCAACUGAUUCUCUGGGCGACCUGACUGGAUCUGUCACAUCACAAACAUAUUGGACCAGUACUUUCUUGUACCCAAACAUGAGCGGAGCCUACGAUCCGCCGAGAGUUCUGACGCCAAUGGUUACUGGUACCGAGCUUGCUACACCAACACCACAAUGGGGUGGUCGCGUCAAUGGAGACGGAGAUGCAAGUCCAGCGCCCACUGCUGAGGCUGGUGCACCUAGCACGACAACUACAAGACCGGUGUCCACUGGUGUGACUGCGGUUUAUGAAUCGGCUGAACCUUCAGCGACAGCAGAGGAUGUUUCGACUGUCACGCUGACUGCAAAUGCUGUGACGUCAGCGAUUGUGGUUUCUGGUCAGCAUGUUGGCCCUGAUUCGGUCACUGGUAUGGCUGGUGCCAUUCUUAGCGGCCUGGGAGGUGCGGGAUCUGGAUCUGAAUCUGGAUCUGGAUCUAAAUCUGAAUCUGAUGCUGGAUCUGAUGCUGGAGAAAGCGCAUCGAGAUGGGAUCCUACCCAAGCUGUUGCUGUAUCUGAUUUCACUGCGUCUCGUGCUAUCAAGCCGUCCAGCAGUUCAAGUGGCAAGAAAGCUACAGGCAGUAGCAGCGACACCAGCGGCAAAUCCUCUGCUUCUGGCAGUGAUGCUACGAGUGUCGCUUCGGUGGCUGCUACUCAAAGUGGUGCUGCAUCGCCCAACACCCUCGGCAACUCAGCAAUCUGGUCGUUCCUUGCGCCGAUCUUACUUCUUUGGAUAUGA